AUGGGCCCUACUCGCGCACAACGCUACUCACAGAUGCUACUGUCAAGCGGCUCAGCAGCUGGCGCCGGGACGUUCAAGGACGCUGGUCUGCGGUGCGUCCAGCCCCAAAAUCCCCGAAGGAUCUCUCAGCGCACCGCUGGUACCGGUCGACCAAACACGUCGCAUUGUCCUCCCAGUAUCUCUUCCCCACAACAAAUCACUCGACUGUCAACAUUGCCAAUGACAAACCACUCGACUGUCAACAUUGCCAAUGACAAACCUCGCGCGCAGCAGUUGCUCGACCCGUCAACGGUAGUAGCCCCCGCUGACGAGCAGACCAUGACCAAGCAGACCCGCGCGCGCCAAAAGCAACUGUCCAAGAGCCAACCCCUCUCUGGCCGGCAGCGGCAGCAGAAGGAGGAGGCGUCUCAGCCCAAGGGCCAGCGCACCAACAAGGACGAGGACAUCGACGACAUUCGCAAUCGCAUUGUCGCGCGCGUCAAGAGCCGAAUGGAGCACCGCAAGGCCACCGGCCACACUGUCACCGUCGAAGACGUCAAGCGCGAGAUAGAGCGUGAGAUGAACGCCGAGGACUUCCAGGCUCACAUGUGCGCUUCCAUCAAGCGCCAACUCGAGGGCCUCAAGGUCCAGCUAAUGGCUGAAGAUGUCAAUCGUGACAAGGACAAGGGACCUGCGCUCGACGGCCCGCGUCGCCAACCUACUUCCCGUCGCUGGUUCUAA